GAAAAACCUGGGUACACGUGUAGAUCGCCGUGCAAAGGAUCAAGCACUUAUUUGAGAUCCACAGCACUUGAGCUUGGCAUGACUGAUGCGGCCACAUCAAUCGCGCCGCACCAAGGCCGGUUGUGAGCACAGCAGCAUCCAGUCACUUAUUACCCCGCCGUUUAGAUCGUGACCCUCAGAGUGCACAUGUGCCGUUGCCACGACUACAAAAGGACACCACCACCACUCCCAAACAUAAGCUAAACCCUUGCUUUCAUUGUCGCGGCAGCACAGGCAGACCGCAAACCGCCCAGGUAACCGAUUCUUGUUGUCAGCUACACAAUGUCUUCUUUCAAGAUCACAGCAUCUCCCAACACAGACAUCUGGCGGAAGCCACCUUCCACGGACGUCUUCAACGCCCCCCGAGGCGCCGCCGCCGAUGCCAAGACCACAGCGCCGCUGUCGUCCUUCAAGUCGGCCCGCGUGUCGUUCCUCCUCCACCCCAAGGAGCAGUACGACCAGGCCGGGCUGGUGCUGUCCCUCAAGUCCCCUGGCGCCGCCGGCCCCUUGCCCGCCGACUCCCCUCCCAAGUGGCUCAAGACUGGCGUCGAGUACUACAACGGCGUGCCCAAGGCGGCGACCGUUGCCUGCGACUCUUGGGCUGACUGGAGCCUGUCGGAUGUCAAGGGCAAAGAGGGCGACUGGGUCACGGUUCAUGUGGAGAACGGGACAGACGUCCUGGGGAAGAGCUUGUGGAUCUACCAGGUCGUCAACGGGGAGAAGAUCCCCAUGAGGGAGGUGUGCUGGGUCUUUGGCCUCGGUGACCCAGGCAAAUGGGAGCUCAGCGUCGAGGCUUAUGCUUGUCGGCCGGCAAAAGACGCUGCUGACCUUGUGGUGGAGUUCAAGGAUUUCGAUGUGCAGUGGGUCUAGACUUUGAUGGUCUCCAUACAUUUGUACGAUGGCACAACUUGGAGGGAGAAGAUCGAGAGCACGUCGCGAUAUGGAACCAGGUUGAAUCAGCCUCAAACAUCUUAAGAUGUACGAGUGCAUGGAGAAUGAAUCCAAGGGUCAUGAUCAAUACUGUGUUCGAUAGGGUACCCUAGCAGCAAGCUUGUUAGUCCUGUG